AUGGCUUCACGAGCCUUGCUUUUAAUUUCUUCAUUCAUCGGAGCAAUAUUGAUCGCGUCGAUAAGCGGAACACAAUAUCUAUUCGCCUCUUACGGACCAGCAUUAGCGCAUCGGUUAAAAUUUUCUUCGGUGCAAACUAAUACGGUCGCUAGCGCUGCAAAUUACGGUUGUUACUUGUCAACUCCACUUUUUGGUCAUAUUUCGGACAAGUAUGGUCCUAAAACAUCCACAUUAUUCGCCUCGGUGACGUUAUUUUUCAGUUUCCUUGGUUUGGCAUUAACCUAUCAUGGCAGUCUACCGCCACUUUUUUCACUUUGUGCAAUCUAUCUUUUCUUUACGGGAAUGGCUUCAGCAGCAGGAUUUAUGGCAGUGUUAACAACUCAAGCAAAGAAUUUCCCAAAGAUUCGAGGUAUAGCACUCGGAAUUCCAUUAGCCUUAUUUGGACUUUCAGCAUUUAUAUUCUCAACAAUUGAAACUUUGUUUUUCGACAUUAGCGGCUGGGAUUUAUUCCGUAAUGACGACGCACAAAAUUUAUUUUUUAUUCUAUUACUCACAGGUGGUGUUGGAUUGAUGUACAUCAAUAAUGUCGGUUCAAUACUGAAAAGUUUAUUCGACACGACUUCAAUGGUAGAUGAUCAUGAAAAGCUAUUAACUUAUCAGAAUUUCCACGUCUCUCUGAUCUCAGUAUUCUCAUGUAUCGGUCGUAUAUCUUCAGGAUUUACUUCGGAUCUCUUCAAACAAACAUUUAAUUUGCGACGAAUAUGGUUUUUGCUAUCGGCGUCAAUUUUACUUUUAAGUGGGCAAAUUAUCGUCGGGUUUUUCGUGACGCAUUUGGAGACAUUGUGGAUUGGGAGUAUGUUUAUUGGAUUGGGUUUCGGCAAUUUAUUUGGAAUUGCACCCACUAUUGCUAGUGAAUGGUUUGGGUUGAGUAGAUUUGGUUUAAAUUGGGGAUUUUUAUCUUAUUCCAUCGCAAUUGGCGGUCAAUUUUACAGUCUCAUAUUCGGAUUCAAUCGGGAUUGGCAACACCAUAAAUGUUCAGGCGUAAAUUGCUAUACUCAUGUUUUCUGGCUCACUUCUACCACUUGUCUAUUGAGUGUAUUGUUGAUAAUAAGACUCUUAUGGAAUCGAUAUCGACGACGAAAUGAACAGACAAAAUUGUCAUCCUCAUCAUCGAGGUCAAGCUAA